AUGACGCGGUUCGUAGGCUGUAUUGACCUGCAUGACGGGAAAGUGAAACAGAUCGUCGGUGGGACGCUCAGCUCGAAGCCAGAUGGCGAAGCGCCAGUCACCAACUUCGUUUCGGACAAGUCGCCCUCGCACUAUGCCCAUCUUUACGCCAGCAACGACGUGCAGGGCUCGCACGUCAUUCGCCUCGGCCAAUCCAACGAUGAAGCAGCGCUCAUGGCGCUUCAGGCGGCACCCGGCUUUCUGCAGCUGGGCGGAGGGGUGACCAAGGACAACUGCCAGUACUGGCUGCAGUGGGCUUCCAAGGUAAUUGUGACAUCUGCGCUCUUUGAUAGCGACGGCAGCUUCCAAUUGCAGCGGCUGCGGGAAAUAUCGGGGCUCUGUGGGCGCGCCCGGCUAGUGGUGGAUCUGAGCUGCCGCCGGGCGUCAGACGGUGCCAGCUGGACGGUGAUGAUGAACAAGUGGCAAACCCCGACGACGCUAGCGCUGAACGAGGAGACGCUCGCGCUGCUGAGCGAGUAUUGCAGCGAGUUUUUGAUUCACGCGGCGGAUGUCGAGGGCCUCUGCAGAGGCAUCGACGAGGAACUCGUCGCGCAGCUCGGGCUAUGGGCUGCCCAGCUCCGCGGGGAUGUCCGGGUCGUGUACGCCGGCGGCGCCAACAGCGUUGCGGACUUGGGCCUCGUGAAACGCCUCAGCGGUGGCCGCGUCGAUCUCACCUACGGCUCCGCGCUGGACAUCUUCGGCGGCUCGCUCGUCCGGUUUCAAGACUGCUGCGCGUGGAACAGGCAGCAGUAG